AUGAUCGAAAGCAGCCAGUCCCGCGGGGAAUCGGCUCCCGCGGCGACCAAUCAGCCGUUCGAUCUGAAUGGGUGGGUUUCGCUGGGAAUGCACGUGUCCGAGUCGGAGCCCAGCGAGAAGCCCGACGAAUUCGAAGAGAACGAGGGCAACGAAACGCCCUCGGAGUCGGUGGAUUCGGAGGGCGAGCGGGGUUCCGCGGGGAUGGCGGGGAAAGGAGGGAGCGAGGCGUGGGCGGAUUGGGCGGAGAGCAACGAAGUGACGCAGAGCGAGGGCUCCGAACUCGAUGAAAAAGGGGAAACGGAGAAACUGGGAGAGAAGGAGAGAGCGGAUGGAGGAGAAAGGGAAACGGGGAACCGGACUGACCACGAGUCGGAGCCGAAUCCCUUUUUGGAAACGCCCCAGAUUGUUUUCACGUCCGACGAAAUCCCUGAGCAAGAAGUCGAGCAAGAGCCAGAAAUGGAACCAGAAAUGGAACCAGAAAUGGAGCCAGAAAUGGAAGCAGAGCCGGAGCCGGAAGCAGAGCCGGAGCCGGAAGCAGAGCCGGAGCCGGAAGCGGCUGCGCGUCCUACGAAGAAGAGCAAGGCGAAGAAGGUCAAGAAGACCAAGCUCGUCAAUCCCUUCGAGCUUUCCGUGCCCAAACCGGCAAUGCCCAUUCCCAAGCCCGUUGUGCCCAUCCAGAAGUCGGAAAGUCCCAUCCAGAAGGCGGAAAUUCCCAAGCCGGUAGUGCCCAUCCAGAAGCCGGCAACGCCCACCGAGGGUCCGGCAAUGCCCAUUCCCAAGCCGGUAGUGCCCAUCCAGAAGCCGGAAAGUCCCAUCCAGAAGUCGGAAUUGCCGGUGCUCAAAUCGAAAAAGCCGGUGAAGACGAAGAAGCCGGCAGCGAAGCCGGAGCCCGCGCAGCCGAAGCCUUCCGUGGCGGCGGCGAAGCCAGAGCCCGCGCAAAAGACGCAGCCGGCCCCGGUCAAAGCGGAGGCGAAGCCAAAGAAGGCGGCAAAACCGAAGAAGGCGGCAAAACCGACGGAAGGAACGGUGGUCGCGGCGCCGAAGGCGGUGGAGGAGAGCCGAGAGCUGGGAAUUCUGGAGAUGAUGACGAAGGCGAAGGCGCGGGAGAGCGGAAUGCAGCAUUUCCCGCAGUACGACGCGGCGAUCAGUCCGAGCCCGAUGGCUCCGAUGUCGGCGACGCAGGUGGCGAUCGAGGAGCGCGAAAUCGCGCUGGUGCAGCAGAUGGUAGGGGAGAGGAGCCGGUUUGAGGGAUAG